UGGCGUCGGGGUCCAAGCACUGUUGUCACAUUUUGGUCUACAGUGUUUCAACAUCUCUUUGCUCUAAUGCCGGCCGAGUAUCGCGCGAAGAAGGCGAUGGACUCGCUCAAGAACGCGAGACUCCUAUUCGGCAGGUAAAAGCACUCCGUUAUCUCGGACAGGCAUCGUUUUCUGAUAAGAAGGAGUCUCUCCGGGUGUUUUGGGAGCAGUGACCUUGGACCUACUGUCAUAUCUCGCAGAUCGACCAGCGCCAACUUUAAAUGCCCCUGGCAGGUGAAAACUUUGCUCAUGAAAACCUAAUGGAUGGGACAAACGAAGACGAUGCACAGGCAGUGUUGCUGCAGGGCAUGGAGGGCACUCAGUACAUUACGAUACAAAGGACCGAAGGAGAACCUAUGAGCAAAGGGGUUUCUCUGCUGACUCUGAAUGCAGAAUUGAUCGCCGAAGGUAUGGUCGUGGAUAUGAUAAAUGCCGGUGUUAGUUCGGAAUACGCCGCUGCAUCCCAGUACUAUGAAACCGAGGAUCUCUUGCCACACGAAUUAACAGAGGAGGAUAGAAGAUUAGCUGCAGCUUUAGUAGCCGUCCAGUUGCAGCAGCAACAGAAACAGCAACACAUUAACAACCAACAGCCCCACGACGAUCCCAGCUUGUCGGAUGUUGGUCAACUGGAGACUCUUACACCUGUUAACGCGUACACGAUUCAGUCCUUACAAGAGCCCGAUCCAACCUCUGUCUAUCCAGCGCUACAAAGCUUUAAGAGGAUAGCGCGAAACGUUAAGCAAGAACACGCAAACGUGAAGAGCGAGUACGAUCUCGAGAUCUCUGCGGAAAGUAGCGAGGAUGCAAUGCCUGCCCCUGGAAUUAAGAAAUCCUUGCCGCAUAAAAAAAGGAUUGCACGGAAAUUGAAACAGCGAAUAAAAAAGAAUACCGUAAAAAAGGACAGCGGUGGAACGAUGCAAGGGGACACCACCGUCGAGUCGGUCACCAAAGUACAAGUUCACGCGUUCAGAUGCGAACUGUGCGGCAGCCGGUUCAGUGGGCAGCUGAAAUUCUUCGAGCAUCUCAAGGCUCAUUACGAGCCAGUGAAACAUGAAACAAGAACGGUGCAAGCAACGAAUACUAAUAUCACCAUGUCAACGUCCGAAGCCGUCCAUGAUUUAGAAAAUACUGUCAUAGACGAGUUCAGCGAACCGGAGGAUCUCAUGGAAGGGAUCAGGAAUGUAGUCGAGGAGACGAGCGCCCGAAUCGAUGCCGAGACUGAGUCAAACUUGCCAGAAAGCGACAGUAGGCCCACCCUAUGGGCAAUAGCCAACGUUCCCGAUCUCGUGGAGCACGAGCAAGGGGAAUCGGCCUCUUCGGGAGUACGGAAGAAGGAAGACGCGACGGUACCGCCAGCGGUCGGUGACUCCUUGGAUAUUAAGAGCAAAAAAUGGCCAGAACAGGAAGUUAAAACGAGGAAGCACGUGAAAUCGCGGAAAGAAAACGAAGAGUUCACUUGCCCCUUACCUCAGUGCGGUAGAUCGUUUAAUCAUAAAAACAGUUUAGUGUAUCAUAUACGAUCUCACAGUGGGGAAAGACCCCAUCAGUGCGAAGUAUGCGGGAAAAGUUUCUUCGCCGCGUGUGCGUUGAAGGUUCACAAGCGGCUACACAGCGGCGACAAACCUUACAAAUGCGAAAAUUGUGGCCGCCACUUUCGACAGUGGGGAGAUCUCAAGUAUCACAAUACCAGCAUACACUCGGAGCAAAAGCAAUUCCAGUGCGAGUACUGCGGCAAGGACUUCGCCCGAAAGUACUCCUUGAUCGUGCACCGGAGAAUUCACACCGGGGAGAAGAACUACCGCUGUGAAUACUGCAAUAAGACUUUCCGAGCCAGUAGCUACCUCCAGAAUCACCGGCGCAUCCACACAGGGGAGAAGCCUCACCCGUGUACGGUGUGCGGUAAGCCGUUCCGAGUGCGAAGUGACAUGAAGAGGCACAUGCACACCCACUCUAGGGUGAGCGGCAGGUCGGAGAGACCUUUGGGGAUUAACAGGAACCCGGUGGGGAAGGAGUUGAGCGAGGACAGCGACGACAAGGAAUCUCGACCGCGAACCAUUCCGUCGAAUUUGGUCCAGGACCUGAAGCUCGAGGUCGAGGCGAACGGCGUUGUGGAAAUCGUGCCACCCGAAGACAAUCCCGAGAGUAUCCUGCCCCACGAGGGUGGCCAUGCCAUGGACUACAACGUUACCUCAACGACCGACGUUAAUUCCGACAGGGAUCCCUUGGAGGCCGUUGUCCGAACCUCCGACACAUUGCAAUACUUCUUUAUGUAACCACGUCGGAUUUAGUAGCGGACCAAAUCUUUGCGGUUACGGUGUACCAGUGUGCUGAAGCGAUGCAGAGACAUCUCGGGGAUAGUUGCGGUUCACGAUUGCGGGAAGACAAGGCAAGAUUAACCUCGGGUGGCUGAAGGGAAUGCUAGACGGUGAACGGGUAUCUCCGCGGUCCUCGUACCGCUCGAUGACUGAAUAAGACUGGAUACUACGAUAAACUGUGCAUACAAAGCUACGUACAUAUACGGGAAUCCUAUAUUACCGGCAUUAGCGAUGCGUGUACGAUAACGUAUGUAUGUACAUUCUCUAAACUUAUGAAUUGUUUAUACCGACCAGCGACGUUGCAAGGGAAAAAAAAAUAUAUAUGUAUAUAUUUUUUUUA